AUGGAACAGCAACCGCACUUCUUCCGUAAUCCCGCUUAUGACCAUGCUGUCGCUGGAAUUGGUGCAGGCACCGUCGCUGUACUAUGUAUGAACCCUUUAGACCUGCUCAAAGUCAAGUAUCAAGUUGCUACUACAAACCCCACGGGUGGAAUUGGCCAGCAAAUCUGGCAUUCAUUACGCGACAUUAAGCACCAAGAAGGAUGGAGAGGCCUGUACCGUGGCGUCGGCGCCAAUAUUGCCGGGAAUGCAUCUAGUUGGGGGCUAUACUUCCUCUUCUACAACAUCCUAAAAAAGAGGGCAGCGGAGGAUAACCCAUCGGCACCUCUUUCGUCAGGAAGCAUAUUGUUAUGUUCUGCCCAAGCAAGUGCGGUGACUGCAAUCAUGACGAAUCCAAUCUGGGUGGUCAAAGUCCGAAUGUUCACCACCCCGCGCGGACGCGCCAAACGCUUAUCGCAACGUUCUACGUGCGUUCCAUGCUCUAUUUCCAACACUGUUAUGACGCGUUUCGAAGAUGGGCUAUCGUCGAUAAUUCAAACAGAAGGGGUGUCUGGUUUAUUUCGGGGGACGACGCUAGCUCUCGUUGGAGUGAGCAAUGGGGCGAUUCAGUUCAUGGUCUAUGAGCGCAUGAAGCGGUGGGGCUUUGAUAUAAAGAAGAAGCAAUUCGCCGUCGCGGGCAAAGCGUGGACGCCAGAGGUGGACAAACUGGUAUGUGUCUCUCUCACCAUCCCCGCAUUUUUGUCAACCACCCCCGAGUCAAACACGGCCUACUCCCUCAUGUCAGGCGGAAGCAAGAUCGCCGCCCUCGCGUUGACGUAUCCAUACCAGGUUGUCCGAUCUCGUCUCCAGAAUAAUGCUACAACACAUAUAUACCCGGACAUUCCUGCGACGAUUCGCCGCACAUGGGCUGGAGAGGGCCUUCGAGGCUUUUAUCGCGGUCUAGGUACUAACCUCGUCCGUGUCCUACCAGGAACUUGUGUCACCUUUGUCGUCUACGAGAACAUCACCUGGUUGUUGAAGACAACCGCAGCAAGACGAGAUCGGAGGAGAGAGCAAGAAAACGACUUGUUGGACUGA